AUGUCAAGGAAAUACAGCAUCCAGUUCAAGUGCCAUUUUGACCUGACCCUCUAUCCGUUCGACUCCCAACAUUGCUACAUGAAGCUCAGGAUUUCUGGCUCGACGUCUGACUAUAUCGGCUUCAACCACAAUUCGACCGCCAGAUAUAACGGAUCAGAGCUGUUGAUGGAGUACUCUGUUGGAGAAACGACGCUCAGUGUUGAUAAUAAGGCGGAAUUCGCGACCCUGAAGGUGGAGCUGGAACUCAUUCGGAGAUCGGGGUACGCCAUCCUCAACAUCUACACUCCCUCCCUCACCCUCCUCGUCAUCAGUUACGUCACCUUAUUCUUCCGCGCUGACAUGUUUGAAGUCAGAGUGAUGUCAGCUCUCACAGCACUGCUCGUUCUGGCUACGAUCUUCACUCAGUACGAGCGGGGACCAUUGCAAAAUUCAUGCAACAUCGACCUCAAGGCACAAGGGGCCAGGGUCUUCAAGAUCUCAUCCAAAUUACCCAUGAAUAACCUAUUGAACCAUCCUAUCAGCCCAUUACGCAACAGCCCAUUACCCCUUCCUAAGACAUCGUACUUUAAGAUGGUGGAUAUUUGGCUUCUGUUCUGCAUUAUCCUCACGUUCGUCAUCAUCAUCUGGCACACUGUCCUGGAUAUUCUUCACAAUAAUCCCAAGACGCUGAUGGUGGCUGGCAUUGGUGAUAAUAAGCUGCAAGAAAUUAUGGAACGCUUUGAGACUUCUACCAUCUCUGGUUUUGAGGAAUAA